ACGGUCGCCAAUUCGUUCCCCCUCCCAAAAAACCUCCAUCUCCAUCUCCGAUUCUCUCUCGUUAUUCUGCCAUUUUUCUUCACUCACUUGUGUUUGACCCCCAAAGUAGCUACGGUUUCUUUAUUGCCAAGAUCAUUAAAACUCACACACAGACAUACAUAUGAUGGAGAUAAUGUCGAACUUCGAUCACGAUAAUCGAAAUCCAAGGGUUUUGAUGCACAACGCACUCAUUGUUCGACGCUUAUCGUUUUCAUAUCACAAGCUUCCUAAACAGCUUCUCAAGUUAUCUGUUCUGAAAUUAGAUGGUUCUUCCUUUGGCGUCGAGGUUUCUAUGAAUGCUACCGUAGCAGAUCUUAAACUCGUAUUAGAGGAGUUUUUUCGCUUCUUGCCUAAGGAGAAGAGAUGCAUUGUUUCCUGGUCACAUGUAUGGGGGCAUUUUUGUCUGUGCUAUAAAGGCCAAAAGCUGUUGAAUGAUAAAGCUUAUAUAAGAAGACUUGGAAUCAAAGAUGGUGAUCAGAUUAAAUUUGUACGACAUGUUACAAUCAACUAUCGACCAACAAGACAACAAAUGAUCAAGAACCAAAGUGAUGAGUUGAAACAACCUUCAAUGUCAAGUGAUGAUGCCAGAAACUGUGAUUCUAUUGAAGAAGAUGAAGAAGGGGAGUCGGUGUUCAUUCAUGGCUCUAGAGUGGCAAACUUCUUGAAAGGUUGGUUUUCAUACAGGAAAUUUCGUAAUAGUAUUCAAAAGAUUGUGGUGACGGUCACAAUGAACAACGAAAAGAAAAUUCGUAAGGCUCUGAAAAUCGUCGUUAGUCUCUCUGGUGUUGAAUCAGCAUCUUUCAUUGGAUCAGAUAAAACCCAAAUCGCUGUGAUUGGGGAACAUGUCGACUCAGUUGAACUGGCGACCUUGCUAAGGAAACGUGUCGGAUACACAGAGCUACUGAGUGUUGGUCCGGUGGAGGAGAAGAAACCAGCCGCCGCAAAGGAAACAAAUCCCACGUUUGAUAAUCUUCCAUAUGGUUUUCGGGCGAACACUUGGUUGGUUCCUCCAUCCAUUUUGGACUCAGAAUCAAACUUCCAGCCACUUCCAUCAGAAGAUGAGUAUAUAUCGAUUGAUGAUCAACCAGAAGGUGGAGCUAAUUCCCUUAACAUUAACAGCUUAAGGGCUCUGCUUCCCAACUCAAGAGAUGUGGAAUUAUCAAGAUCCCUGUCAUCUGAACAGGGGAAUUUUGAAGCUUCAAGGUGUUUGGUUGAACAGCGGAAUUCUGAUUCUGUCAGAAUAGAAUCUUGAAGAUGAACAUUGUAUGGAAUGAAGAUGAACAAUGACCAUCGAUCUUCCAAAAAGAAUGAAUUAUUCUACCAGAAUAAUAUACAAUAUAAUGAAAAAAAAUAAAUGUAAUAGUCUAUUCUGGUAGAAUGAUUUAUAUGUUGUGUUUUUUUGUUAUUAAUAAGUGUAACAUUCUCAUAGAA